UAAUGGAAGAAAGCAUCUAUAAUAUAAUAACAGAAGAUCCACUUCCCCCUAAGAGAUAAAAAAAAUAUAGAUCCUAAUUCCCAGGUACAAUAUAACCAUCUUAUAGUACAUUUGCUAAUCACUCAAAUAUUAUUUAGGUAUAAAAAUCAGUAUAUAUACUCAAGGUGAAAAAUAUAAGUGGAGAUUAUUAAUUAUCAUCUUAUAGAUAUGCAUCUGAAAGUGGAAUUAUAGGAAAAGCAAAAACAUGUUUAUAAUCUUAUUUAAUAUUUUUAGAACAACUUUCACCUAUUAAACCAAGAAUUAUGGGUACAAACAAUUUGGAUGAAUGGAUUGAGAAAGGAUCACUUGUAAGAAGUCAAGAAUUUGCUCAUUCACAUAGAAAUAAAUUGAAACCAUUAGUUCCUAGAUCUAUUGAAAAACCGACUAUGGGAUUAUAAUCUAAUAGAAAUUUUAUAGCCACUAACAAGAUUGAUGUCAUUCUCAAAUGUUAUUUUAAUCUUUAUUUAUAGCUCCAAGACAACAAUAAGAAGAUCCUAAUUGGUUAACUAAAAAAGAUUAUGGAUAAAUUCCAUUAUAUUUGAGUUAAAUCAAAGAUCAACUCUAAUAAUCUUAUUUAGAAGAAUAAAAUUAUGCUAAAUAAUAAUUGGAAGCACAAAAUGAUAAAAUGUAAAUAUCAAAAUAUAAAUAUAAAUUAGAUAAUUAUUAUAAGAAGAUGAAUUAUAAUAAAUUAGAGAAGGUUUGAAAUAAAGAUACGAUGAAGUUAAUAAACAAUAUUAAUAAUAUACUCACUUAAAAAAAUUUGACACUGUUGGAUUGAAAAGAAGAAAAGAAUAAUUUGAAAAGGAAUUGAUUCAAUUAGAAAAAGACAUGGAUAAAAUGAAAAAAUAAUAUGUAUUUGUAGAGAAAUGA